AUCUGCUAUGAUUACUUUUUUUUUUUUUUUUUUUUACUUUCUUUGCACCAAACCAAAUCAAAGAAACAAGAACAAAACAGAAGUCUUGCCAGAACUAGAGCUCGUUACAUGACAGCCAAACAGCAAAGAAAGAGGGCUGCUUCUCCUGGUCAAACACACAGAACUGUUCUUUUCCCUUUUAAAGGCUGUAAAACCAGCCCAAAUCACUAAACGUGUGGUUUUGUUCAUGCUUUCAUGCACUGGGUGCUGAUGUUUUCCUGCAGCACCCAACAGAGCCAGAUACCAUGGGAUGCAAAAUGCAGUCUUGCAUGAGAUUUGCAGUGAGACCAAUCUGCUGUGUUUCAAAGCAACAGGAGGUGGAAGGAGCAUGGGAUGCUCCCAGCGUCCCCAUGAGCUUCCAGAAGCCAGCGUGGCUGUGAGCAGGAGGGGAAGGUCUGCAGGAAAGGCAGCAUCACCUGGGAGCAGCGCUGUGAAUGGGAGCUCUGUUCCUCUGCCCAGCGUGGAGUGAGAGCCUGCUGCUCCCAGAGCUGGGCCAAGGGGAGGGCAGUGUGGGGGGAGCAGCUGAAAGAAUAGUAAAUCUAAUAACCUGCUGUGUCAAGUGAGCUGCUGGUGAAGGCAGCCCGGAAACUGGAGAAAUGUUGGAGAGCAGAUUUCUAUUGGGGGUCCCAGAGGACUCCAGCGCUUGCAAGAGCUGAUGUACAGGACAUGGUCACAGGGACACGUGGUUUACCAGCACAAGAGCUGGCCAGUGUGACCUUGGCAGAUGAGGCAGGACUGAGGAACCAAGAAGCUCUGCCUCUUCCCACAGGUUUUGUUGAGAGGUUCUCCAGGGGCUGAGGUUCCACAAUGGAACAGCAGCACUGGGCUGAGAGCAGUGCCACCAUAAGCGAGGGGUGAGUGGUGUUGUGUGGCUUUAACACGGGCAGAUGUGGAACAGGAAUGGUUCCACUGCCACAUCAGGCAGAGCUGACAGAGGAGAUGGAGCAGAGCAGCACAGAGGGUCUUACAGCUCUCCUCCUGCUGGAGGCACACGUCAGUCCCAGCUGUGGGUUUGCUCACGAUGGACAUCAUGGAGUUGCUGUCAGGUUCCUUGAACAGAAUUGCUGCUGCGUUCUCUGGUCUUCUGUUACACACAACAAAAGCUGCUGGUAAAGAGCUGGGACGGAGACAAUGCUGCAGACCAGAGCCCAACACUGGGUGCUGUUCCCAUCAAACAGGUUCAAGCAACACAAAACAGCCCAAACCUCAAGUGCUGCCUCAAAACACCCCCAGAUUUUCCAGGUUCCUCUGAGGACUGCAGAAACUCAGACAGCCCACAACACUUGUACAGGGAAGCAGGUAGGACAUCUCCACCAGCAGCCCAGCUUCUCUCUUGCACAACCCAAACCCUCCAGCAGAGAGGGAGAAGACCUGGGUGGAAACAUUUUCUGGGCAGCGUGCUCUGGGGUUGACCACCUUUAUGCUUCUGGACCCUCCUUCUCCACGUAGCACAUCUGCAGUUUGCUUUGCUAUCACAGCUGCUUUUCCCGAGGCUGAGCAGGCUGAGUCACCGGUCUCCCAGCACAAAGAAGUGUUCCAGAAUCACCACCACUGUGACUGAGAGCCAGGAACGGUAUCCAAAGGCUUUUCCCCACGUGUGAGCAGAAGUGCCAAGUAACGGAGAUGUGGCAGCGCUGCAAGAGACGAACAUUUCCAGGAUGAGCCCAAGGCUUCACAUCAUUCACGCAAGAACGAAGGAUGGACGAGUGUGCCAGACAGCUCAGCCACAGCUUUUAGCAGCCCCAGGAAGACCGCAGGGACAAUGAGAGUUCAUCUCAAGGGGGAUGCGAUCUGUACCCUUUUUCUGGUGGUAGCACUUUGCUCUGUGCUCUACACCCAGUUUGAGUAUUUAGCCCCCAAAGGGAACAAGGAGCCGAAGAAGCCUUCAGUAACACAGAGAAUAUUCUCUGACCCCAGAGCACCUGGGAGACCCACACUGACUGAGGCAACAGUACCCAGACCCCGAGUAAUUCCUAUCACUAGACAAACAGAAGUGGCUAAUGGCAGGGUCCACACUGCAACUCCAGCCCUGUCAACUGAUUCUGCCUUCAAUUUCAAGCGUUACCUCCUCAACAAGGACAACAGGAACUUCAACCUCCUCAUUAACCAGCCCAAGAAAUGCAGGAGAAUACCUGGAGGUCCCUUUCUGCUCAUUGCCAUCAAAUCAGUAGUUGAAGACUUUGACAGGCGGGAGAUUGUCCGGAAAACCUGGGGCAGGGAGGGUCUGGUGAAUGGGCAGCAGAUUCAGAGAGUGUUUCUCCUGGGGACACCAAAGAACACGACAUCACUGGCAACGUGGGAGACCCUGAUGCACCAGGAGAGUCAGGCUUACCGGGACAUUUUACUCUGGGACUUCAUGGACACUUUCUUCAACCUGACUCUGAAGGAGAUCCACUUUCUGAACUGGGCUGCUGAAUUCUGCCACAAUGUGAAAUUCAUUUUUAAAGGCGAUGCUGAUGUUUUUGUCAACAUCGAGAACAUUGUUGACUUCCUGGAGAGACAUGACCCCACCGAGGACCUCUUUGUUGGGGACAUCAUCUACAAUGCCCGUCCCAUCCGCAUCCGGAAGAGUAAAUACUACAUCCCAGAGACCAUGUAUGGCCUCAGCAUCUACCCAGCCUACGCAGGAGGAGGAGGUUUCUUGUUGUCCAGCUGCACUAUGAAGAAGCUGUCCAGGGCUUGUGGAGAGGUAGAACUCUUCCCCAUCGAUGAUGUUUUUCUGGGCAUGUGCUUACAGAGAAUCAGCCUCAAACCCAUUUUGCAUGAAGGAUUCAAGACCUUUGGUAUUGUCAAGCCUUCUGCAGCCCCGCACCUACAGACAUUUGACCCCUGUUUUUACAAGGACCUGAUGGUGGUUCACAGCCUGAAAGUUGCUGAGAUCUGGCUCAUGUGGAACCUGCUCCAUAGCCCAAAGCUUUCCUGUACCCAGAAGAGGCAAGUGAAGAAGCCUUUCCAGUGGAAAAGGAAAGCACAAAUUGCAAUGCAGGUGUCACCCCUCAGUUAACACAGCCAGACGGGCAGCAGAAAUAUGGCAAAACAGUUGAGAAAGGGAACGUGGAAGGUUUGCAACCAAAUGAAGAAAUUUUAGGAGUAUCUUAGUGCAGCCCAUUUACAAGACAAGAAAACCAUGGUAGGAAUUUGCCAAAACUCCACGUGCUCACACAUACCAUGUAGAUUCUUCUCCAUUAAUGAGUUACACUACGUUUAAUUUAUUAUUAUUUAUUAGAAUUACAGUAGUGCUUAGCAGGUCAGUGUGCACAGGCAUCGCAUAACGCAAUCCAUGGAGAUUUUUCAGUAUUGUUAGGGAUGUGCAAAAUGGAAGGAGGAUCAGGGAAAGAGGUGAAGCCAAGGAGCACAGAGAUCACUGCCAGAUUGUUACCUUGGUUAGGGCUGGAAUUACUCAGACUCGAUGGGAAACAAAACAACUGCAAUGUUAACUAGAGUUAAGGAAAUCAGCUGUCCUCAGCAGGUGCUCAGAUGAAAUUACCACUGCCUGAUUUGCUUUUCUGUAAGCCCCAAAAAAGGACAGCUACUGAGUUGGGGUCCCCUAUGAUGCAGACAGUAUGGACUAGAAGAAAACAAGCUUGGGGUGACAAGGCCAGUUGGGCAGAAGGCAGGUGGGUAAAUGACUGGGAAGGGAUAGAAUUAUGAAGCAUUCUUCAUAGCAACGUGAGUACAAACUCAUGCUCCACUGACACACUGUCAGGAUUCAGAGGACCAUCUUUUGGCACUUUAGGGAGAUCAAACUCUACACUGUGCUGACUGGCACUCCGUGAAAACUCAGAGCUUUCCAGCAGCACCCAACCUCUCUCUCACUGCCUAAUGCAGAUCUUCAGAAGCUUUGCAGCUGGAGACAUCCUGUGGCCUUUUGUUUGUGAGGGUGAAAUCACACAGAGCUGCUGUUUGAAUAACUUCUGAGAGCUUCUUCAAACCAAAGAAAAUCUUGUCAUUAGACUGGGCCAUUCUCUGGACCUCAGGGCUCUUCCUGGUGUACUGUCAACUGCAAAGAGCAGCUGAGCCUUUCAGCAUUGAUAUGGGUGUCAUCUGAGGGGAGAAAGCAGUCUUCAGACAAAAGGGCUUCAGAAUAAAAGCCUGUCUAAAUUAUGGGGGAGAAAAACCCCACCUGUAUCCUUUCUGUUGGUAAAGGACUAUCCAUGUUUCAGUUAAUCUAUAACUUCCUAAGUAUGUUAAAUAUCAGACAAGAACACUAGUCUUUCAAAGAACAGUCAAUAGUUCAAAGCAAUUUGUAUUUCUAGCAGCAGGUUAUCAUAAAAGAACAUGCCUUUCUUGGAUAUCAAACAGUAUGUUCCUCAGAACCGAAGUUAAAAAUCUGGGUUCCCCUCUGAAGCCAUAUUUGCUAAUUCCUUCCUUUCCUAAUUCCCUUCUCCCUCAACAACCUCAGCCCCAUCCCUCUGAGAACUCCAGAUGCCAUCCCCCACCAGGAGAGCACAUCCACUCAGACUCAGAGGCACUCAGUCUCUAUAUGACUAUACAGCCCCAGGAAGCGGCUUUCUGUUCAUCAGAGCCAGCAGUGCAGAUACAUUCAGACCUGGGCACAUCCUUCCUCUCAUCCAGCUGUACGCUGAUCUCGUCCUUGGAUCAGCUGGGCACACUAUGAAGGAAAACACACUGAUCAUGCCCAUCGAUAUUUGUAAUGUCUUACAUGUUAUCUUCAUCUUCAGAGUUCAAGCCUUACAAUAAUGUAUUUCCAGGGAAGGGUUAUCUAUGUAGGUGUCAAAGGGCCAUAUGCAGAAUUAGGGUGUUUUCAGGAGGAAGUCCUGAAAAACAGAAUUCUCGCAUGAGCUGCACAAGGAGCAACAUGUGGGAAUGAGCCAGAGCUUCACUGGAGGGUGAAUGCCAGCUGUACCCAUCUGCUACCAUGUGCGAUGUGUAUGGAAUUACAAGUCUGUAGAGAAACGUGUUACCUGUGGUUAGUUCACAGCCUGGGAAAUUCCUUAUAGCAUGAUUAAAGAACAUGCAGGCAUGCC